AGCGAGAAAAUAGUAAUAACAACAGUAGUUCGGCGCAUGCGCAGUGCCCCAAAGCACCACAUAUCGGUGGGUAGCGCAACCCGACAGAACACCGGCUAGCUAAAAUGGACGAAUGUGUUCCGAGGAGCUGGAGCCGCUUUUGUCCUAAACUGUACCGAAAAGGGGAGAGUUAAACUCGGGCUUUUUUUCACUGUGGUGACACAUUUCAGUUUUGAAUCCGCAUUAGUUAGCUGUUUGUAAGCGAAUCCCUGUUUGGUUUAGCUUAGCUUAGCCUAGCUUAGCACAGCGAACCGUUUAUUAUUAUUAUUGUUAGCUUAGCCGAGCUAGCACCAGCCCGUUUCUACGGCGUCUGGGAGUGCAGGGAACCGAUACAGGGGCAGCUCCAGCUGUUUGGCUGCGUGUUUCUUCGCUGGAGUUGCUGUUUUUAAAGCCUCGGGCUGCGGCUUGGGGCGUUUAUAGAGCUGUUAAAGCCACUCAGGCACGUUUUCGUCUUGUUUUUGGUGACUCCAGACAGCUCAGCGCUUCGCCACAACGAUGCGAUGGUCGCAUUAGGUCGCUGCUAUUUCCACUCGGUCCGCUCGACCAGGCUCCUUCCCGGCCGCGGGCCUGUGUAUGGCCCCGCGCCUGCCUUUCUGGUGUGACACACGGCUCACCGGCCAGGGCUUCAGCAGGACGGACCCGGACCCUGACCGGCGGCCCUGAAGCUCCACCGAAGUCAUGCAAGGGACACAGUUCCAGUACGAUUUCUUCAGCGAGGAGAACGCGCCUAAAUGGAGGGGGCUGCUGGUACCGUCGCUGAACAAGGUGCUAAACCAGGUACACCCGAAGCUGUCAUCUCAGGAGGAGGCUCUGCAGUACAUUGAGCAGCUGAUUCUGCUGCUACUGAGCAUGCUCUGUCAGGCCCAACCCCGUACCGUGCAGGAUGUGGCGGAGCGUGUACAGAAGAGUUUUCCUCACCCCAUCGAUAAGUGGGCCAUUGCUGAUGCCCAGGCUGCCAUCGAGAAGAGGAAGAGGCGGAACCCUUUAGCUUUGCCUGUGGAUAAGAUUCAUCCACUUCUCAAGGAGGUACUAGGCUACAAAAUCGACCAUCAGGUGUCCGUGUACAUCGUGGCGGUGUUAGAAUACAUCUCAGCGGACAUCCUGAAGUUGGCUGGAAACUAUGUACGAAACAUACGGCACUAUGAAAUCUCACAGCAGGACAUCAGUGUGGCCAUGUGUGCAGAUAAGGUCUUGAUGGACAUGUUCCAUCAGGAUGAGGAGGACAUUAGUGGUUUUCCCUUAAUGGAUGAGGAGCCCUCAGCAUCUGAGGAGCAGACUUACUAUGAUUUGGUGAAGACUUUCAUGGCGGAGGUGCGGCAGUACCUGAGAGACCUCAACCUCAUCAUCAAAGUUUUUCGCGAGCCCUUUGCCACAAACACCAUGCUCUUCUCUCACCAUGACGUGGAGAACAUCUUUAGUCGUAUUGUAGACAUUCACGAAGUGACCCUGAAGCUGCUGGGGCUGAUCGAGGACACUGUGGAGAUGACUGAUGAGGGAAGCCCUCACCCCCUGGUGGGCAGCUGCUUCGAGGACCUGGCUGAGGAGCUGGCCUUUGACCCUUACGAGACGUACGCUCAGGACAUUCUGCGGCCCGGCUUUCACGACCACUUUCUCAGCCAGCUCUCCAAACCUGGUGCGGCCUUCUACCUCCAGUCUAUAUGUGAAGGUUUUAAAGAGGCUGUGCAGUAUGUUUUACCGCGGCUACUUCUGACCCCCGUCUACCACUGCCUGCAUCACUUUGAGAUCUUAAAGCAACUGGAGGAGAAAAGUGAGGAUGAGGAGGACAAGGAGUGUCUAAAGCAAGCCAUCACUGCACUCCUCAACCUGCAGAGCAGCAUGGAGAGGAUCUGCUCCAAAAGCCUGGCCAAGAGGAGGCUCAGCGAGUCGGCCUGCCGCUUCUACAGUCAGCAGAUGAAGGGCAAGCACCUGGCCAUCAAGAAGAUGAACGAGAUCCAGAGGAACAUCGAUGGCUGGGAGGGCAAAGACAUCGGCCAGUGCUGCAACGAGUUCAUCAUGGAGGGCACGCUAACGCGGGUGGGCGCCAAGCACGAACGCCACAUCUUCCUCUUCGAUGGUCUGAUGAUCUGCUGCAAGUCCAACCACGGACAGCCACGCCUGCCUGGAGCCAGUGCUGCAGAAUACAGGCUAAAGGAGAAGUUCUUCAUGCGCAAGGUCCAAAUCAAUGACAAGGACGACAAGGAGGGUGAAUACCGGCACGCCUUCGAGAUCAUCUUGAAGGACGGCAACAGCGUUGUGUUCGCCGCCAAGUCUGCAGAGGAGAAGAACGGCUGGAUGGCGGCGCUGAUCUCGCUGCAAUACCGCUCCACGCUGGAGCGCAUGCUGGACACGGCCAUGCUGCAGGAAGAGAAGGAGGAGCAGAUGAGGCUGCCGGGGGCCGAGAUCUACCGCUUUGCUGAACCUGAUUCGGAGGAGAACGUGGUGUUCGAGGAGAACGUACAGUCCAAGUCGGGGAUUCCCAUUAUCAAAGCUGGCACGGUGCUUAAACUCAUCGAGAGGCUCACCUUCCACAUGUAUGCAGAUCCCAAUUUUGUGCGGACAUUCCUCACCACCUACAGGUCAUUCUGUAAACCACAAGAGCUGCUGGACCUGCUCAUGGAGAGGUUUGACAUUCCGGAGCCCAAACCUACAGAGGCAGAUCAAAUGGCCAUAGAAAACGGAGACCAGCCACUUAGUGCAGAGCUCAAGCGCUUUCGUAAAGAGUUUGUUCAACCUGUGCAACUCAGGGUGCUGAAUGUGUGCCGGCACUGGGUGGAGCACCACUUCUAUGAUUUUGAGAGAGAUGCCCAGCUGCUGUGCCGGCUAGAAGAAUUUAUCGGCAUGGUCCGAGGUAAAGCCAUGAGGAAGUGGGUAGAGUCCAUCACCAAGAUCAUCCAGAGGAAGAAGCAAGCGCAGGCUAACGGCCCGAGCCACAACAUCACCUUUGAGAGUUUACCUCCGCCCAUCGAGUGGCACAUUUGCAAACCGGGUCAGAUCGAGCAGUUCGACCUCAUGACCCUUCACCCCAUAGAAAUCGCUCGCCAGCUCACUCUCCUGGAGUCAGACUUCUACAGAGCGGUUCAACCGUCAGAGCUGGUAGGCAGCGUCUGGACGAAAGAGGACAAAGAGCUGAACUCGCCCAACCUGCUGCGCAUGAUCCGCCACACCACCAACCUAACACUGUGGUUCGAGAAGUGUAUUUUGGAGACGGAGAACCUGGAGGAGCGGGUAGCUGUAGUGUCCCGUAUCAUCGAGAUCCUGCAGGUCUUUCAGGAGCUCAAUAACUUUAAUGGAGUGCUGGAGGUGGUUAGCGCCAUGAACUCCUCACCCGUCUACCGGCUCGACCACACGUUUGAGCAAAUACCAAGCAGACAGAAGAAGAUCUUCGAAGAGGCACAUGAACUCAGUGAGGACCAUUAUAAGAAGUAUCUUGCUAAACUCAGGUCCAUUAACCCACCAUGCGUUCCUUUUUUUGGGAUUUAUUUAACAAAUAUUCUAAAAACGGAGGAAGGCAACCCAGACUUUCUGAAGAGGCACGGUAAAGAGCUGAUCAACUUCAGUAAGAGGCGGAAAGUAGCAGAGAUCACUGGAGAGAUCCAGCAGUACCAGAACCAGCCAUACUGCUUACGGGUGGAGAACGACAUACGGAAGUUCUUUGAGAACCUGAACCCGAUGGAAGAUAUGAUUGAUAAGGAGUUUGACGACUAUCUCUUUAACAAGUCUCUGGAGAUCGAACCUCGCAAUGCACGAUCGCUUCCUAGAUUCGCGAAGAGGUACAGCUACCCACUGAAAUCCCCAGGUGUCCGACCAUCCUCCAGUCGCCCGGGCACGAUGCGCCAUCCCACCCCUCUCCAGAACGAACCCCGGAAGAUCAGCUACAGCCGAAUUCCAGACAGUGAGACGGAGAGCAGCGCAGCGUCGGCCCCAAACUCACCCCGAACGCCCCUCACACCCCCACCCGCAUCUGCAGCCUCCAGCUCCACUGAUAUCUGCAGCGUCUUCGACUCUCCACAAGGCCCCUCAAGCCCCUUCCACUCUAACAGCGACACCAUUUUUGCCCCGGUUUCACUGCCUCACGGCCCACGGUCGUCGUCAGUGUCCUCCAUGGUGAGUUUCCACCGGAGUGCAGAGGACGCCCCCAUACCCCCACCCGUCCCUCCCCGCCGCCGACCCGAAUCUGCCCCAGCUGAAUCCUCACCCUCAAAGAUGAUGUCAAAGCACUUGGACAGUCCUCCUGCCAUCCCCCCCAGGCAGCCCACAGGCAAGGUCUACUCUCCACGCUACUCCCUCACCGACCGCACUUCAGUAUCAGAGCCUCCGGACAGCCCGCCCACGUUACCCCCGCGGGAGCCUGUCCGGACGCCGGACGUUUUCUCCAGCUCCCCGCUGCUGCUGCAGCCUCCGCCGCAGGGCCGGCGCAGCGAGCAGAGCCACUUCUUCCCCGCCUCCACCUUUCCCCCGCCCCUGCCUCUGCCCCAGACGCCCUCCCCGCUGGGGCCCCGCAAGCACUUGCCCUCGCCACCCCUGCUGCCCCUGGACUGCGAGCCGCUACAGGGGGCGGCGGGUCCCCCUCUGCCUCCCCGCCAGAGCACGUCGCAGACAGCCAUCCCCAAGCUGCCCCCCAAAACCUACAAAAGGGAGCCGGCACACCCUUCCAUGCACCGGGACGGCCCGCCGCUUCUGGAGAACGCCAACCCUUCCUAAAGGGCGGAGCGGAAGGGCUGGGAGAGGUAACACUACAGACUGCGGCAGAGAACUCUGGGAUGAUUACGAAUAACAGAAGACUGUUGUGGAGGAUUGUGUUGUGCAGUGUUGGACGGACCUUUAGGACAAAAACGAGGAAAAACAAAGACAAAACAAAAAAAAUGUGCCCUUAAACCAUUCAGAGAUGAUUGUGUUUUCAUAAAGUGCAAACUAUGUUGAGAUUACGUCGCCCUCUUGAGGGCUGUCUCUGUAUUGUUUUUGUUCGUUUGUUUUUUUUUUCUUCCUUUGUCUUUCAUGUAGCUGUUGGUGUGUGUUUGUCAUUGUAUGUUGUUCGUUUGUUUAUUUCAUUUCAGUUUGUUUGUUUUUAUAUGUCACCUCUUUUCAGCAGUACUUGUCCCUGAGUAGUACUUGGCCUUCCCUCCCCUGCACAGUUUAAGCCAGGACCAGAUUUACACACUUAAACACACACACACACAAAUCAUGUAACAGUAACAAAAAAACAACAAAAAAACAUGCUGGAUAACAAAAAGACUCUAGACAGGUUUGAACCAGCUCCACAGCAACUUCGUGAAAAAAGAAAAAAAGAAAUAAAUAAAUAAAAAUUCAACACGGCUUGGUGUUUCUCCGCAAGGAGAGGGAAAAAAAAAAGCAACUUGGCACUAACCGGGACAGAAUAAAGACUGUACACCUGUCCAUGCCAAUGGGAGUGGACUCCUGAGGCCAACACAGUGCUGGACAACCAAUAGGACUCCUCCUCCUCCUCCUCCUCCUCCACCAGCCUUUGGGUUCGUCACACCUCAUUUACGUUUUAAAGUAAAAAAGGGACUGAGAUUGAUGCAGGCAUGAGCCGAGAGCUGCGUUCUGGGCUUUGUUUUUAGCUUCACGCUAAACUGAAGGGGAGCGGUUUGUGUGCCAGUAGUCUUAAGAGUACCACGAGUCAAAGGUACCCUCCCACACCAAAGAGGUACUUUCAAGCAUUCAAGAAACACACAGAAAAAAGUGAUUGUCCUUUAUGUGUUAGAACGUUUAUUUUCUGAAUCAUUUCUGUUUUGCCAAUAAGUAUGUAAAGAAGAAGAAAAAAGAAAAACGAUUGCCUUCUUAAAACAAGGGAAUAAAAGUGUUUAUACCACUGUA